AUGACUUUGUUUGGUGACAUGCAUAUGAAAGACGAAUUUCUUCAUUCUGUGCCCACUCCAGAGAGGAUGUUGAAUUAUACUCAACUAUCAUUUACGGAGCUGAUAACCUCAAAUGAAACUACGACUCCACCCGAAGCAUUUACGGAAUUAUUCGAAGUUCCAAUCGGAGUGGCAGCGCUGUUACUAGUGUCAUACGGCGCGGUUUUUCUUGUAGCUGUUGUUGGAAAUAUCUGCGUACUUUGGGUAGUGAUAUCUCGGCGCAGGAUGCGAACUGUCACCAAUUAUUUCAUUGGAAAUCUGGCUCUCGCUGAUGUCGUUAUUGGACUGCUUGCCGUGCCAUUCCAAUUCCAAGCCGCCUUGUUGCAGAAAUGGCUUUUACCGGCGUUCAUGUGUGCUUUUUGCCCAUUCAUUCAAGUACUGUCAGUUAAUGUGAGCGUUUUCACUCUAUCUGCUAUAGCAUUCGACAGAUACAUAUCAGUACUGCAUCCUUUCAAAAGACAAGGAACGUCGAAACUUUCUGCAAAGCUCAUCAUACUUUGCAUAUGGCUGUUCGGGGCGCUUGCGGCAUCGCCAUAUUUGAUCGCAUAUCAUGUGACUUUUGUGUAUAAUCCCCCGACUGGUGACUUUACUAGGCCCUUUUGUGCGAAUACUGGCGUAUCUACAAGACUUUGGGGAAUGUACCAGUAUGGACUCGUUGCUCUACAGUAUGUACUUCCCCUGUGCUUCAUUGCUUUUGCCUACGGAAAGAUGGGAAUGAGAUUGAGGAUGGAGGGAUGCGUGACAGCCCCAAGAGAUGACACUGUCCUCAAGAACAAGAAAAAAGUCAUCAAAAUGCUGUCUAUCGUAGUUGCACUCUUUGGAAUAUGCUGGUUGCCAUUUCAGACGUAUAAUGUUUUGCAAGAAAUGAUGCCGCAGAUAAAUGAGUACAAGUAUAUAAACGUCAUUUGGUUUUUUGCACAUUGGCUAGCCAUGAGCAAUUCCUGCUACAACCCUUUCAUCUAUGCUAUCUACAAUAUCUAA